CUUUCCCCUCCCUUUCUCCCUUUCUCGACAUGUGCGUCGACAGGUGCGCCCUGCAGCCAUUGAGAGCCUGGCGUACACUCCCCCCGACCUUCCUGUGUGUCUUCAGGGAUGCUCUUCGCAGACACGCGACAGGCAGUUCUUUGCCGUGUGACUGCCUCGGCACGCCGUCACACGCUUCUGCCUUCCCCCCUUCCAAGGACAAGAGCUCGGCACAGGUCGUGGCAAACAGGGUCCUCUCACAACCCAAGAGGCACCCCUGGCGGCCCGGUGGUGUGCUUGGUCUGGUGAUGCGUGCUGGUGUGCUUGGUCUGGUGCUGAUGGUGGCCUACGAGGACUGUCUGCAUCAAGUCAUGACGACACAGCAGACGUGGACGUGCCCAGACCGGCCUGCCGACCAUGUCAUAUUCCUCGCACAUGGCUGGAUCAGCCAACCAGUCGGCAUGGAUGGUACACACCAACACCAAGACACCCUCACACACGCCCACAUCUAUAGCUGAGCUUCGUGCGGACGUCUGUCGCUGUCUGUCUGUUUUGUGUGUCAGUGAUUGCGAUGGAGAUCUCUGAUCGCGCCCGGAGCCUUUACCCGACGGGCAACGGCAACAGCACUGACGCUGGCGGCCCAUGUGUCUUGAUCCACAAGCUCCACGCCAACUGGGGCAUGGUUAGAAGCUGGUUUACAACGGCCGACGGCAUUGACUCCGGUGGACGGCGAAUCGCCUCCGUAAUCGGCACUCACCAAAGGAAAACGCGACACACGGAUUGGAAUCUUCUUGUGACUCUCUCUUGGCGUUUCCCUUUGUCGCAGGAGAUGCGUCAGGUGAUUGCGUCGCACCCAUCGCUCCGGAAGAUGUCGGUGGUGGCUCACUCGAUGGGCGGGGUCUAUGCGCGCUAUGCUCUCGGCACCCUUCUCAUGCAAGAUGGCCACCGCGAGAAAGCCGAAGGCGGGUCCCUGAUUGCCGGCCUCAGGCCAGUCAACUUCGUGACAUUGGGCACCCCUCACGCUGGCGUCGAUGGCCAGUUCAUCCCCGUCAUGGAGGAGCUGGGCGCCCUCCUGUUUCUCGUGGACCUGCCCUUUGCCCUCGGCGACGUGCUGCGGCGUGUGCUUCCUCUCGGCACCAACUACGGCCGCACCUUCGUGCAGCUCUUUCUGAGGGACGGAGGCGAGUUCUUCGACCGCAUCUCUGACCCAAACGGGCCGUUCUUUCGAGCUCUGGCAAGGUUCCAGGCGCGAAACGCCAUCGCUGCUGCAGAGGUGAGUGAGAACACAACCAUUCAUCGACCGGUCCCCACGACCCAUGCCUGAGAUUCCUGUUGGUAUCCGUUUUCGCCGCCUUACUUUGUUGCAGCAUGACUACCUUGUGCCGUGCGCGUCAUCGACCGUGCUGACGUCGUGUCCGUUUGAGUACAAGCACCUCGAGGACGCUGACUACCCCCACGUGAUCGCGACCUACGCCACCAUAGCCGAUCCAUCGCGAAUGGCGCACCCCUCCCACCCUCCACCCCCCGAAGUCCACGAGUGCCCGGCCGUCCAGCAGCUGGGCCACGGCAAAGGCCUCUACCACCGCUCCACACUCGAGCACACGUUCGUGACCCGGCUGGCAGCUCUCGAGUGGACGCACACCAUUGUGCGGUACCGGGGUUUUGCCAAGCUGUUCGCCCACCACCUGCUUAUAUACGACCAAUCUACAAUCUUCCCUACGCUUGAGGUCGUAGGCGGCAAGUACCACGAGGUCCCCAAGUAUGCCGCCGAGCAACUCGUCUUCUGAUCGGUGGGUGGCGGCAUAGCUGACAACCACCCGAUCAGGAACGAUCACCUGGUAGAGCGGACGAAAGGAGGGCGAUGUGCGUCUGGCUGCUGAGUGCGCGUAAAGGAAGGAAAGCAGAAGGCAGUGCCAUGGCGUGGCGUGGCGCGACGUGG